AAACGAAGAGAGAAAGAUGAUGAUGUGGUAAGCCUUAGCAGCCUUGAUCUUAAGGAGCCAAGCACUAAAAGAGUCCGCCCUCUAGCUCGGGUCACAUCCUUGGCAAAUUUAAUCUCUCCUGUAAGAAAUGGAGCAGUCAGACGCUUUGGUCAAACAAUACAGUCAUUUACUCUUCGUGGUGACAACAGAUCCCCGGCUUCUGCCCAGAAAUCAUACAGCAGAUCAACUGUCCCAACACCUACCAAGAGAAGAAACAGUGUUCUCUGGUCAGAAAUGUUAGACAUCAACAUGAAGGAGUCUUUACCUACCAAAGAAAUCAAACGUCAGGAGGCAAUCUAUGAAAUGUCUCGAGGUGAACAGGAUUUAAUUGAGGAUCUCAAGCUUGCAAGAAAGGCCUACCAUGAUCCCAUGUUAAAGUUGUCGAUUAUGUCAGAAGAGGAACUCACACAUAUAUUUGGUGAUUUGGACGCUUAUAUACCUCUGCAUGAAGAUUUAUUGGCAAGAAUAGGAGAAGCAACCAAGCCUGAUGGAACAGUGGAACAGAUUGGUCAUAUUCUUGUGAACUGGUUGCCAGGCUUGAAUGCCUACAAAGUCUACUGUAGUAACCAGCUCGCAGCCAAAGCUCUUCUUGAUCAAAAGAAACAAGAUCCAAGAGUCCAAGACUUCCUCCAGCGAUGUCUUGAGUCUCCUUUCAGUCGAAAACUAGAUCUUUGGAGCUUCUUAGAUAUUCCUCGAAGUCGUCUAGUCAAAUACCCUUUGCUGAUAAAAGAAAUUCUUAGACACACUCCAAAAGACCACCCAGAUGUUCAGCUUCUAGAGGAAGCCGUAUUGAUCAUACAAGGAGUUCUCUCUGAUAUCAACUUGAAGAAAGGUGAAUCAGAAUGCCAGUAUUACAUUGACAAACUGGAGUAUCUGGAUGAGAAGCAGAAAGAUCCUAGAAUUGAAGCAAGUAAAGUAUUGCUUUGCCAUGGGGAACUGAAGAAUAAAAAUGGACAUAAACUUUACAUUUUCCUGUUUCAAGACAUCUUGGUUUUGACUCGACCUGUUACACGAAAUGAGCGCCACUCUUACCAGGUUUACCGGCAGCCAAUCCCAGUCCAGGAGCUGGUUCUGGAAGACUUACAGGAUGGAGAUGUGAGAAUGGGAGGAUCAUUUCGAGGGGCCUUUAGCAACUCAGAUAAAGCUAAAAAUAUCUUUAGAGUUCGCUUCCAAGAUCCCUCUCCAGGCCAGUCUCACACCCUACAAGCCAAUGAUGUGUUCCAUAAACAGCAGUGGUUCAAUUGUAUUCGAAGCGCCAUUGCCCCUUUCCAGCAGGCCACUAGCCCAACAGAGCUAAAGGAUUUGCCCGAGCUCAAUGAAGAGUGUGAAGAGAACAACCUCUCUGCAUCAAAUAUCAAAGCCCCGAGAAGGUUAGCAACAGUUUCUAGUGUUAUUCAAGUAGAAGAAGUGGAUAAAAAUGUGUCAGAAUGUGGUUCCACUGUGCAAACAGCAGAAGACACCAAGAGUGUAAAAGCACAUCAAACACAGUCUGGGUUCCGAAAAGCAAGGGACAAAGCCCAGUCAAGUGGCAAACGAAAAGAGACUUUGGUAUAAAGAAGACUCUGCAUUAACUGAUGGCGAGACUGUUUAUUUAUAAAUGUGUACAGUUUU